AUGUUAGCUCUGGAAAGUAGCGGCCAAGAUGUUUCUACGAGUGCCGCUGCUUGGACGCUGCAUGUUGUUUUGAUUCAUGACUGGUGGGAGAAACGAUUGCAUUGUUUGCUGACUCACCAUCGUUUGCUGCAGAAAACUUGGAUAGAUCGUGUGAAGUCCAAACCGUUGCCGGAAUGUGUGGAGGCUGCGGUUAGAGUCAUGUUACGUCGCUUUUCUCCAUGGCGGCACCUUUUGGAAUUUCCAUACUGGUUCAAUGUAUCCUUUCCAUGUUUUCACUGGAGUGAAGAGGAAGUCAACGCUGCGCUUCGCGAUGAGGAGGCGCAGCGCACUGAUGUGGAAGUGGUUGCUUGUUCUGUUGCAGACGCAUAUGCGGAUGUCCAGCUGCAGACUCCUCCGCGAAAACGUUUGCGACCUGAUCCUGGUGUGAUCUCGCCAAGGACGGAAGCCAGGUAUUUUAGAUUGUCCUCUGAUGACCCUGCUGGAGCUUCGGAGCCAUUGGUGCCAGAUGAUUCUCCUGAGACCAAGAAAUUCAAGUUGUGGUAUCAAAGAGAAGUUUUCGUAUCAGAUGAGGAAAACGUACCAGACAUUCCUUCUCCAUGUGAUGUUUCCAGACCAUCUCUGCCUUCUUCCUCUUCAUCCCUUUUGCCGUCUUCCGGGCAUGAUGAGCCAUGCGUCACUGACAAGAACAGCAAGCAGUAUAAGCGUGGCAAGGCAUUCUUGCGCCUUGGCCUUUUUUCCCAAGAUGGCGACUACACCAAUUUCCUGCGUUGUUGCUACCUCAUAGGAAUCAAAACGCCCAUGGAUUCAAUGGAACAUCUCCUGGAAGGAGUCACUGUGAAGCGAAUGACUGCGUGGGCACAAGACAUUCGUCUUGCACUGGCGACCUGUGAGUAUCUGGAUUCUACUUCAUUUGAGUUUCCUGCAGGCAUUCUUGAGUUUGACACAUGCACUGCCACAGUCCAACGCAAAGCAUCUCAGAGUGCAGUCCAAGAUGCCAAACAAAAGCGUUACAAAGUGGAAAGAAAAGCCAACAAGUUUUUGAAGCGCAAGAGGAUGCCGGUGAUGAAGAGACCCGCGAGCAGUUCGAAAAAAGCUGACAAGAUUUUUCGAGGACGUCACAUCGUAUUCAAGCUUCGCUGUGUCGACGGUUCCGUUGCGACCAAGCAAUAUGCUGUCCUACCUCUGCCGCCAAAAGUAGCAGACAAAGGCCCAGCUGCUGGUCCGGAAUCGCUGGCGGAAACUGUGAUUCCGGUCAUGUCGAAGUUGCGCAAGGGGCAACACUUGGCUGCCGCAGAUGGAAGUCGAUCGCUGCAAGUCAGUCUUUUGAGACACUUGACCAAACAAGGAUGUUGCAAGGAAACCCAUACUUCAUUUCUGCUGGUGGGUGGAGACAACGUAGCCGAGUCCUUGGCUGCUGUGACAAAGGCACAGCUGAGACGCCACGGGUUGCAGAAGGUUGUCAACGACCCCAUCGAACAUAGCAACGUUCUAGCAGUGCACUAUGUAAGCAAAAAGCCUGGUUUGGAAAGUGUCUUGAAUGCACUCGCACGCUUCAAGGAGUUGGCAAUGAAAAGUUGCCGGCAGCCUGCGUUAGUCUUCAAAGAAGCACCGUGGGACGCCUGA